UGGCGCUGUUGACGGCGAGGGAGACGAGCGCGACACCGCGGCGUUGCGUCACAUGGGUGCACGACGUGCGCGUAUGUAACGAGCGGAUGACACGGUUGACAAGCAUGUCACGCUUUGCCGUCCGGAGCGAGAACGUCGAGAGUCGUCGCGAGGGAAGAUGCUGCCGGCGUCCUUUCACAAUUAUUACGCACAUGAUAGCAAGACCUCUCACGUGAAGGCGAAGGAUGUCGCCACGGAUGACUCCACCGACGAUAUGACACCGAAACUGCUUAUCGCCCUCGUGUUCGUUUUUGGGAUCGUCAUAACUGUCAUCAGUAUGUUGCUGUCGAAAUACAUGAAUGUGUGGUUCGUCGAUUCUACGGAGGAGGAAUUUCUCAAUGGCCGUUCCAUAUUCGUGCCGCUUUCCUCGGAGGGCGUGUUGAAUGUCUACGAUGAUUACACGUUCACCAUUUCGCAGGCCAACACCGGACUUGAUAAGGUCCAGUCUACCGCGACGACGACGGAGGCCCUGGCAUCUCUGCACCUGGCUCUGGACAUGAAGUUGUCCGGGAAGCAGGAGAAAGCUGUAAAAUUGUUUCAGCACGCGUUAGCAUUGGCACCCUGUCAUCCAGACAUUCUGAAUCAUUAUGGGGAAUUUGUGGAGCACACUCAGAACAAUGUGAUAAAGGCCAAUGAGUUUUACGUACGCGCUUUGACUUAUGGGCCGGAUCACAAGGGUGCUCUGAUAAACAGUCGGAGGACGGCUCGUGUGGUCGAGGAGCACGAUAGGUCAAUGCUCAGACGCAUCGACGAGAAGAGGAACACGCUGUCCAACAUACCCGAUAACAAUGCCGCAUUGAUACGCGCCAAGAAGGAGGCUUACUUCCAACAUAUCUAUCACACAGUCGGGAUCGAGGGUAACACCAUGAAUCUGGCACAGACGAGAGCUAUAGUCGAGACGCGUGUCGCGGUCUCCGGGAAGAGUAUCGACGAGCACAAUGAAAUUAUUGGAUUAGAUGCUGCCAUGAAGUAUAUCAAUGCGACCUUGGUCAAUAGGGUAGGGUCCAUUUCUAUGAAGGAUAUACUAGAGAUACACAGGCGUGUGCUGGGACAUGUAGAUCCCGUCGAAGGCGGUCAGUUUCGAAGGACUCAGGUGUACGUUGGCGGCCACAUACCUCCCGGUCCCAGUAAUAUACACUUUCUGAUGGAUCAGUUUGUAACAUGGUUAAACAGCGAACAAGCCAUCAGGAUGCAUCCCGUGAGGUAUGCAGCUCUGACACAUUAUAAACUGGUCCACAUACAUCCGUUCACCGAUGGAAACGGCAGAACGUCCCGCCUGCUCAUGAACAUGAUUCUCAUGCAAGCCGGGUAUCCGCCUGUCAUUAUCCACAAGCAGCAUCGCCAUAAGUAUUACGAGUACCUACAGCUAGCCAAUGCCGGAGAUGUUCGACCGUUCGUGAGAUUCAUAGCGGAGUGCACAGAGCAGACGUUGGAUUUAUUCCUAUGGGCGACCAGCGAAUUUUCUCGAGAAGUUCCUGCACUGAGUCAAGAGACGUUGUUAGAAAGGCACAACACGAUAAUUCUAGAGGAUAAUGAAAUGUUAGAAAAUGAUUGAUAAAUCAAGUUAGCGUGUCUGAAGUAUUUUUGAGACCAAAGAACGUUAACGUUAUUUAUACUCAAUAUCAUUAUUUAUUGACAAUUUCAAUUUUUAAAGGAAAGUUGAACUAAGCUUAUGUAUAAUAACAUACAUCACAUGAAGAUUAUCAAAUGACAUCAACAAUCGCUCGAGCGAAAUUAACCUUGUAUCCAGAAAUCCUAGAAAUCGCUCCGAGAUCUCGAAUAAACAAAAAAUUAACAAAUCAUGUUUGAAUUCGGCCAGUUGGCAAAAUGUGGUUAGUGAAUUCUCUCUCUGUCCGAGAUCUCGGAGCGAUUUCUAGCAUUGUGGACACAAGGCUUUAAACCUGCAGAAGAAGAAGAGACACACUCUACUCUGUGCCCGCAUUGACGUGUGAUCUAAAUGUAUUGUUAUUUACGAGCUGUCAAUUUUAUCAUGUUUCCAUGUAAAUACGAAUCUCUUCCAUUCUCUAAUCUGUACAGAAUGAAUUAAUUUAUAUUUAUAGUGUAAAUAAAUGUGUGAUAGCAAAAA